CGCAUGCGUGUAACUUUACAGCGGGAAAUACUAAAUGAUCGUCUUGCGCCAAAUCUGACAAGAAGAUAACAAGUAAUUUCAUCGAUCUUACUUACGGAUUAUAUUAUUACAGACAUGACUGGUGUGUUAGAAGAAGCUGAGGAUACAAAAGAGGCUGUCCCGAUUGCUGAGGGCACUAAGGAUCCCCCGGGAAAGCGGAUGGAGGAUGAAACCAGUGAGAAAAUGGACUCAGGGAUGGAUGAUGAAAUGACAGGAACAUCUCCAGAUAUUGCAGACCUCAACUCUGACAGUGACGAUGAGCCUGUGGUCAUAAAGAAGAAAAACAAGAAACAUUUGAUGAUUGACGACGACGACGAUGAUGACAGCAAGGACAUUCAUGGUGAUGUGGACCAUGCCAGCAGAGAUGGGGAGAGCAUGUCUGAUGAAGAAGCUGAGAGUAAUAUUAAAACUACAAAUGUAAAUGGUGCAAAGAAAAAGACAAUUUCCGAGGCUCUCUCCAGCAUCAUGGAUAGUGAUUCAGACAACGAUGAGGAUGCUCAGUCAAACUCUUCAAUGAAGGUUGAUGAAAAAGGCAAUGCUAGUGGAGAAGAAAGUGACAGCCUGACAGAGGUCAUCAAGAAAAAGAAGGCAAACAAGGAAGCUGUUGACAGUGAGGAUGAAGAUCCCAAACAAGAUGCCUCUCAAAAAAAGAUGAAUAUAUUCAACAGUGACCUCUUUGAUGCAGAAGAUAGUGAUUCUGAUACAGCAGCAUCCCCUAGGGACGGGGACAGUGACGGCAGUGGAGGAAAGAGCAGUGAUGAGGAUAAUAAUGCGGAUGACGAGGGAUUUGAUGAAGACAACCUUGAUCCCAAGCUUAAAGCCAAACUCCUGAAAAUGAAGGGAGCAGCCAAGAAACCUCGCCAGGGAAAAGACAGGAAGGCUAAACCAAAAGGAGACGACUUAAUGGACAUCCACAGUGAAUCACAAAGGCUUGUCCGAGAGUCUCAGGUAUCAUUGCCAUAUCACCAGCCGACGCCCAAGUCUCUCAAUGAUUUUCUGGCACGAGCGACAAAGAAACAACAAGAUUACAAAGCUCUCAGGGCAGUCCGAGAAUUCAAGAAACCCAGUGUGAUUCAACAUGUGAUUGCCAACUGUUCCCCCGCUGUCCUAUGCUCCUCCAGUCAGCCUCAACACAGUGAUACAGAUGCCACGCCCAACCCUAAUUAUGCCACGCCCACCUCAGAUCCAGUCACAAAGACUCAGGAUCUCAAGGAUGAAACCACACACCAGGAUGCCCUCAGUAAAAAGAUGGACUUCGAAGGCGAUGAACUCCCUGACUUGGAUGAGAACUUUCGUAUAAAUGACAAUAUUGUAAAUAAAAUGGAACCGACAAACCCUGAAGAAAUGAUUACAGAAACUGUGAAUGAAGUUAUGGAUGUAGAUCCCGAUACAACUUCAGAAGUGACGGUGGAAAACGUACAUAAAGAUAACAGCUGCCUAGAAAGUCCUACAGACUUGGAACAUGCUGAUGUAGAUAGUAACAAUGACACUAAACAGACUGAUAGUGCAUGUGUUCCUGAUGAGCUUCCUGGGGACAGGGACCAUAGUGCUAAUGGCAAGGAAGAAACUCCUGAUAGUGAGGUAACUCUUGGCAUGACGCCCAAAAUCCAAGCUUUGUCCUCUCUGAAGAAUGAAACGCCCAAGCUGAGCGGUGGGCCGGACUCCUUCAUUGAUCUGGAUGACGAUGGUGAAGCGGAGCCAGUGUACACUGGUAGAGAUAAACUCAUGAACCGAUUUUUGGAACAUUCUAAAAAGAAGCAACACAAACAUGCCAAAGAUGUUGAUAUUAGUAUUGUAGAGAAAGCAGCCGUGUCUGACGAUACGACGGAGCUGAAACUGACGUCCAUUACGUACCACGUGGCCGAGGAGGAGGACAAUACACUACAGAAGCUGGACAGACCAGGAGCCAAGCUACUGGCCCUGAAAGAGCAACUUCAGAACAAAAUGAAGGUGAAGCGCGAGGAGUCCCGCCAGAAGCGGCAGGAAAUCUAUGCACUGGAGAAUGAGGAGGGUUUCGAGGGCGGCACUGACACGGAGGAGGAGAGAAUCCUGGACAACGCUGAUGAGAUGUCGGAGAAGUCGGACACUGACAUUGAGGAUGAUCAGUUUGAUGCCGAGUUUGGGGAGGAAGAAUUUGAGGAAGAGGAGGAAGUUGAAGAAAGAGAGGCAAACCCUUUCUUGGACGGGGAGGCAGAGGAAGAUGAUGACGACUACAACCCUGACAAGGACGUCAAUGCCGGGCGUGCUGAUGACGAUGAUGACAUUGAAGAUAGUGAAGAGGAGGAGGGAGACACCAUGAAACUAAAGCUGGACACAUCUGAUGACGAUGCAGACGAUGACCUUGAGAAUCUUUCACAGAAUGUGCGGUCCAGCUCCAAGAAGAAGCGGAAACACGUGCGCCAGCUGACCAUCAGUGAUGACGAGGAGAGCAACCUGCCUCCUGCCCAGGCCACCAGACAGGAACCAAGCAAAGCCAGUUUCAAGAUUCCAACAGAAGGGGUAUCUCCAAAGGACAAUUUGGAAGAAGACGACGACCUCAUGUCCCCCCUCACAAAACACCUGACAGCCACACAAACACAGAAGCCCAAGAAGACGUCGAGCCUGUCGCUUCCUAUCGAGGACUCCCAGGAUCUGUACGGCACUGCAGCAGAGCCCUUCACCUCCUCCAUGUACCCCGCCAGUGAUGUCCAGCCAUCCCAGGGCCUCAACUUCCUCAUAGAAGACUCGCAGUCUCAGAUGUUGGAUGCUGAUGGGUUCUUCAAAGUGAAGUCCACCACCAAGAAGCCAUCACAAGCCUCUCUCGGGCUGAAAGACAUAUCUAGCACCCAGGACAACAUGGCCGAAUUCAUGGGCCUGUGCUCUGGCCAGUUUGUAGAAAGUCAAGAUGACAGUAAGAAGUCGUCGUGCAAGCAGCUGUUUGGCAACAACGCAGAUUCUGCCGCUGAUGCAACACAAGGUGGCAUGGAUGAGUUGCUGGGUCUGUGUUCAGGGAUGUUCCCAGGAGAGGCCACUCAGGGCAAGUCUCAGGGACGCAAGAGGAAGCUGGAGGAAGAUGAGGAGAGUAAUACGUCCUUCACCUUGCUCUCCGACAAUGAGGCUCAAAUGGACAGUGAUAAGGAUGAGCUAGCUGAUGAUGAGAAUCCUGAUGAAGACUAUGAUGAGGUUGAUGGAGACAUUCCUCAGAAACCUCAACAAGUGACAAAAUCGUUCCGAGGGUUCAGAGGGAAGAUAACAGGGAAAAUGCGACAAGAGUUUAUCGAGGAUGAGGCGGAGUUGUCCGGUUCAGAGGCAGAGAGUGAUGAAGAUCUGGACCUCCCCGAGGAUGAGGACAUCAUGGAGAUGGAGCUGGGGGACCAGGAUGUAGCGAUGACCGAGGACGAGCUCCGCAACCAGGUUGGACGAGCCCAUCUGAAGGAAACUAUCGAUGCCGACAAGCGUGAGAUUCUUCGACUACAAGAGAUGUACCUGCCGGAUGGAGAUCUGUACUCAGAAGGGGGAGGCAGGAUGAGAAGGUUUAGAUGGAAAAAUAUGGAUGACGAUACCCAGCAGGACAUGUUUGGAGGUGGGGGGUCUGACGAGGACGCACCAGAGGAGGAUGCUGACGAGUUAAAAUGGAGGAUGGAGAGAUUUGAGAGGGAGAAGUUUUUACAGGAAGAAAGGGAAAAAGAUGAGAAUGAAAAUGCAAACAGCCAGUUUUUCAAGCUCGGAAAGAAGUUUGCUUUGAAAGUAAAAGAUCCCGUGAAGAUUCUCCCUGAGAGACAAUGCAAGAAGCCCCAGGCUGAGAAGAAGGCUGCCCCCAGCCCAGCCAAGCCGGCACUGAAACCAGCGAAUCAGCGGAAAGGGUCAUUCCUCACACGUGGUAAAGAAGCACUGGCAAAGAUUGCCGAAAGAACAAAAUCUGGAGUCAAUCCCAAUGCCACGAGACAUUCGAAAAACUUUGUAUUCCAGGUUGUCUCCCCUGAAAAAUCUGAAGCUGCAUUACAGUCAAAGCCAGUUUCCCGUCCAGCAGCGCACAAGAGGCCAUCUAACUUGCCUCCUGCUAAACGCCAGAGAACCAAGACACACGAGUCAAAGUCCAGCAGUAGUAUAUUCAACCUCCUAGAGAGGUGACAUGACAGUGUAGCAGCCUACUCAUAGGACAUAACCUGUCACCUCAUCUCGAGAGGUCCCAUGCUUGUUGAAUGAAGAUGUUUUGUGUGACGUGUGUACGGACUGAUGAUGUGGAUACUUGUGCUGUUUGCCACAUGUGUGGUUGGCCUCGAUUCAAUUAAUUACAGUACUGUAAAAGGCGACUAUGCUUGUCGUAAGAGGUGACAAACAGGAUCGGGUGCCAGGCUCGCUGACUUGGUUAAUGCAUGUGAUCAUAUCCCAAUUGCGUGGAUCGAUGCUUGUGAUGUCAAUCACUGGAUUGUCUGGUCCAGACUGGAUUAUUUACAGACCGCCAUCAUAUAGCUGGAAUAUUGCUGAGUGCGGCGUUAAACAACAAACAAACAAGCAGCUAUCAUGUGGCCAAUACAUUGCUGAUGUUGGCAUCUCACGACAUCCACUCACACGCUUCACAUCAUCUACACUCCAACAAAAUGUUUGGACUACUGUUGAGAUGGCAUGCUGGAAGAUAACAAAGGGGACAUAUGUUUAAUAGCUCAAAUAUGUAUAGAUAACAUGUUAUCAUUUGAAAGAAAAGAUGAUCAUUAUUUAUAUGUGAAAAAUAAAAUAUGUAAAAAAAAACCAGUAUGUUUGUCACAAUCAGUAUUGAACUGCUUGUACAUUCAAAGCAGGCACAGGUCAGUUGUUUUUUAUGUCAGUGCACAUGUGCUUGCUAUGUAUAUAUUAUGUAUAUAUUUGUUUAUUUAUCAUCUGUCCAGUGGUUUCACAAAGAUUCUAAAUCUGAUGCAUGAAUCACAAAUGUGUUCUUUAUUUGAUUUUAUGAGUCUGAUAGUUUGUUGUACAUAGUGUCAGAGAUGUAUAUGUAAUAUAAAAUAAAAUACUGUGAAAUAAAGAUAGCAACAACA